AUGAAGCUUCUUCAUGGGCUCGCUUUAGUUUUUCUAUUAGCUGCUGCGAGUUGCAAAGCUGAUGAAGAAAUUACUUGCGAAGAGAACAGUCCAUUCACAUGUGGUAACACUGAUAUACUAAGCAGUAAGAACUUCGAAAAAGACUUCAUCUUCGGUGUUGCAUCUUCUGCUUACCAGGCAUGUAACAAAUGUUGCCAAACUAUACCUUUUCAAAUCGAAGGAGGGAGGGGUCGUGGUGUUAACGUUUGGGAUGGCUUCAGUCACCGAUACCCAGAGAAAUCAGGGUCAGAUUUGCAGAACGGAGACACUACUUGUGAGUCAUAUACGAGAUGGCAGAAAGAUGUAGAAAUUAUGGGCGAACUCAAUGCUACUGGCUACAGAUUCUCCUUUGCGUGGUCAAGAAUCAUUCCAAAAGGAAAAAGGAGUAGGGGAGUGAACAAGGGAGGUAUUGAUUACUACCACAAACUCAUAGACGCCCUCCUAGAGAGGAAUAUAACACCUUUCGUUACCCUCUUUCACUGGGACCUUCCUCAAACACUCCAAGAUGAGUAUGAAGGUUUCUUGGACCGUCAGAUCAUACAAGAUUUCAAAGAUUACGCGGAUCUAUGUUUCCAAGAGUUUGGCAAAAAGGUGAAGCACUGGAUCACAAUCAACCAGCUAUACACAGUGCCUACGAGAGGCUAUGCGAUCGGAACAGAUGCACCCGGUCGAUGUUCUCCUAUGGUUGAUACCAAGCAGAGGUGUUACGGCGGAAACUCUUCAACGGAACCCUAUAUCGUUGCACAUAACCAGCUUCUUGCUCAUGCCACGGUAGUCGAUCUUUACAGGAAGAACUAUGCGUCCCAAAAUGGGAAGAUCGGACCAGUGAUGAUAACUAGAGGGUUUCUUCCAUAUGAUGAGCUUGAUCCUGCUUGCAUAGAAGCAACUGAGAGGAUGAACGAGUUCUUCCAUGGAUGGUACAUGGAACCCCUAACAAAGGGUAGAUACCCAGCCAUCAUGAGGAAGAUUGUGGGUAGUCGGCUUCCCAAGUUCAACAAAACUGAAGCCAAACUCGUUGCCGGUUCAUAUGAUUUUCUUGGUCUCAACUAUUACGUCACUCAGUAUGCCCAGCCAAAAGCUAACCCAUUACAGUCAGAGAAACACACUGCCAUGAUGGACGCUGGCGUAGGACUCACAUAUGAUAACUCACGUGGGGAAUUCAUUGGUCCUCUGUUCGUUGAAGACAAAGCAGGCGGCAGCAGUUAUUACUACCCGAAAGGGAUAUAUAACGUAAUGGACUACUUCAAAACCAAAUACGACAACCCUUUAAUCUAUGUCACGGAGAACGGAUUUAGUACACCAAGUUCAGAAGACCGUUGCCAAGCUAUUGCCGAUUACAAGCGAAUUGAUUAUCUCUGCAGUCAUCUAUGUUUUCUCCGUAAGGUCAUCAAGUAA